AUUCAAAAGUGUUAUCUCCAACUAGUCCAACAACCACUCCGCUUCAUUCCUGCUUGUCUUAAAAACUCCGAUCUCUGUUUCUCUCUCUAUACGUACAGAUACAGACUCAGAAUUGAUUUCUAGUGAGAGAAAGAGAAGAUGAAUGCGGUGGGGGGACAGAUUUCGAGAUCCAAUCCGACGGCGCAUAAUCAGCGACAGUACUCCGAUAACUUUCUAGAACCACAGGUUACUGGAAAAUGGCUGCAAUCAGCCAAUCUUCCUUCCUCACAGGACUUCGGGUUCUACGGUGGAGGAGGCUGUGCAAGGUCGUCAAGCCUCAGGAAGAACGGCGACGAACGCUUGUCACCCGGUGAGCUCAGCCCUGGCUUGCUCGAUCUUUAUUCUUUCGACACCGAGCUGUUACCCGAGGUUCCUAGUCAAUAUGACUCCUAUUCAUUUCAGCAACAACUUCGAGGUAAGAGUUUUGACGAUUAUGAAUCCAAUCUUGCAACAAACAAAGCUACCAACAAAGCCCAAGGUUUGCCAGAGAACAACAUUCUCAAAAGCUUUUCAGUGGAUAAAGACAGAUCUAACAAUGUUGCUAAGAUCAAAGUUGUGGUGCGGAAGAGACCUUUAAAUAAAAAGGAAAUAGCAAAGAAAGAAGAAGACAUUAUUACCAUAGAACCUAACUCCAAUUAUCUCACAGUUCAUGAAACUAAACUAAAGGUUGACUUGACAGAAUAUGUUGAGAAACAUGAAUUUGUUUUUGAUGCUGUCUUGAAUGAAGAUGUUUCAAAUGAAGAAGUAUACUCGGAAACUGUGGAGCCCAUAGUUCCACUAAUUUUUCAUCGAACAAAAGCAACCUGCUUUGCUUAUGGGCAAACAGGGAGCGGAAAAACGUACACGAUGCAACCACUGCCCCUCAAGGCAUCCCAAGAUAUUCUAAGAUUGAUGCAUUUCACAUACCGAAAUCAAGGUUUUCAUUUGUUUGUCAGUUUCUUUGAGAUAUAUGGAGGGAAGCUUUUUGAUCUCCUCAAUGAUCGCAAGAAACUUUGCAUGAGAGAGGAUGGGAAACAACAGGUUUGCAUUGUGGGUUUGCAAGAAUAUAAGGUUUCAGAUGUUGAGGCAAUUAAAGAGUUCAUUGAGAAAGGAAAUGCUACAAGAAGCACAGGUACAACUGGUGCAAAUGAGGAGUCCUCUCGGUCGCAUGCUAUUCUUCAGCUUGCUAUCAAGAGGUCGUCUGAUGGCAGUGAAUCAAAGCCAUUUCGCAUGGUAGGGAAGCUGUCUUUCAUAGAUCUUGCUGGAAGUGAACGUGGGGCAGAUACUACCGAUAAUGAUAAACAAACAAGAAUGGAAGGUGCUGAAAUUAAUAAAAGCUUACUGGCUUUGAAAGAGUGCAUUAGGGCUCUUGAUAAUGACCAGGGUCACAUCCCUUUCAGAGGGAGUAAGCUGACUGAAGUUCUUAGAGAUUCAUUUGUAGGGGAUUCGCGCACUGUCAUGAUAUCAUGCAUUUCUCCGAGCUCGGGAUCAUGUGAACAUACACUCAACACUCUAAGAUAUGCCGACAGGGUGAAGAGUCUCUCAAAAGGGAGUACCUUGAAGAGGGAUCCACUAUCUUCAUCAAACCUUAGAGAUUCAACAGCAUUGCCCCUCUCUUCUACUUUGCCAACGGAACCAACUUUUGAGGAUAACGUAACUAACUUCAACAGUGAAAGACAUUCGGUGUUCAGACAGAUUGAAAGGGAACCAUCUCCGCCUUUUAGAGUGGAUCAUGUUCGUAGUGGAAGGGCUGAGGAAAAUCCGGUUUAUUCCAAAUAUUUAGAUUAUUGCCAGGGUGAGAGAGGUGGUAAAACUGACAUGUUGGAGGAUGAUUUUGUUUAUCCUGAGGAGGUCUAUGAUCGGGAUAAACCAUCACGGGUGAACAGUAAAUGGAGUGAAACCUACCGAAACUUGGCCUUGGAAGAGAGGCAGAAAAGUGAGGUACCUAUGAAGCAGAAGGAUCCCUUAGCAUUUGAGGCUAAGAACUCUCAUUUGGAUGAUGAUCUAGAUGCCUUGUUGAAGGAAGAAGAAGACCUUAUAUCUGCUCACCGAAGACAAGUAGAAGAGACAAUAGACAUUGUUCGGGAGGAGAUGAAUCUGUUAAUUGAUGCGGAUCAACCAGGCAAUCAGCUGGAUGAUUAUAUAUCCAAGUUAAAUGCCAUUCUGUCUCAGAAAGCUGCGGGAAUUCUACAGCUGCAGACUCGAUUAGCUCUGUUUCAGAGACGUCUGAAUGAGCAAAAUGUUCUGAUGUCUUCUGGUAACUAAACAACUGGGUGAGAGCAUAUGAUGAAAGCCAUAAAUUUGUUUAGGCUUUUGUCCGAUCAACAGGUACAUUGUGGUUUUCAUUUUGCUGGUUAGUCGAUAUUACGUUUAUAGAAUAGUAGGACUGAAGUUGCAUUUCCUUGGUAUGAUUUUCUUAAUGCUCAUUGGCAUGACAGCCUUGUGAAAGUUUUCCCAAGUGUUUACUUACGAUCUAUAAUGAAGCGCCCUUCUCGGGUUGUUUUAUCAUAUGAUUUUAGAAACUGUAUAUGUGGAGGAUAUCUUAUGAAAUUGAAUUUUAAAUGA